UGACCGCGUAUGAACUUUGACUUUGUUGAUGGUUUCAACUACUUGUGCAAUGCCAAUGGUUAUCACUAAUACUAUCAGGGUUCAAUGUUUACCAGCUCCAAAUAUAAAUAUAUUCCUGUCGUAAUACGGAGGCAUACGUAGGAAGCGAUCGCCUAGUGGUUUUCGUAGCUCUGUUACUUAAUUAUCCGGAGGAGUAUAAAUCUGAAUAUAGAAAGAGUAGCAAAAAGCUAUAAAGUCUGAGUAAACACAAUGGCGGAAGCAUUAGCGAUUGAAGGUGAUGCGCCGGGUAACAAUGAUAAUGAUGAGCCAGGAUCACCAGUGUUACUAGCUGAUCCUAAUGUUGGCCAAGCUACACAAGCAGAUCCUUCCAGUAAAGCCAGCUCAACCGCUAAGGGAGCAUGCAGGCAUUUCACGGCACACGGAAAGUGUCGAUUUGGAAAGCACUGCAGGUACCCCCACAUCAAAGCGGAACCUAGUUUGGAUGAAGCAAGAGCAGUUUUUUGGAAUUCAGAGGAAACAUUACCGCUAGACACAACACAUGCUCACGUAGGCACAGACUCUCUGCAUUCGCCAGCCCAAGAGGAGGAGAAUGUCAGUGAUGACAGUCCUGCUGUGCGUAAUCCAAAUAACAGCGGCUCUAAUAAAACGAGAGGGGUAUGCAAAAUUUUCAGCCAGAGUGGAAAAUGCAGGUUUGGCUCAGAUUGUCGUUACAGCCACAUGACAACCGACGGUCUGAAUCGAGAUGGUUCCAUGCCCUUGAAAAAAUGUAAACGUGAGCAGGAGAAAAAGAGUAAUGAUGGCGUUGUUGCUUCGAGCGAUCAAGUGGGUGUUGAAGUUGCCAGCAGUGUAAAAGUAAAGAGCGGAAGUAGAAUGAACGAGAAGGACAAGAAAUUGUGCCGAUAUUUCCAACGAGGACGAUGCUAUUCUGGCCAGCGCUGUGCUUUCCUACACAAGCGUCCACCAAGUUAUAUUGAAAAGGAGAGCCAAAAAGACGUGCCGGCAGUAAGGGAACAGCCUGAGAGCAGUGUUGAAUCGGUGGAAGGAAAGCCAGUCAGUGAAGCACCUACAAUUGAAGUUGAAACUCCUGCCAUGCAGCAGAUGGAUGCUUGUGAAGUGCACCCUCCACAGAUGGAAGGAGAUCAUGCUAGACAUGACCAGGCAGCUCGUCCUAUCUCAAAGCGACAAGAACUUCACAUACAGGAUUUGACGGAAGAAGACUUUACAAACCUUCGCAAGACAGAAAUUACGCAGCUGCUGAAGCACUUUCCAAAGGGAAGGCUGGCUGUGGAGGAGAUGGGUGGAGGAAGGACAUACUACAGACUGCAGAUAUCACCCACAGAUCCUGAUUGGCCAUAUGACAUGCAAGUUGUGGAGCUCUUACUAUGGUUUCCAGAUGAUUACCCUAGGAAAGAAUUUAAUGUGGAAAUUUUGCCAGACCUCCAGGGGGAACAACAGAUGCCAACUUUGACAGCCAGAUACAUGACAGAUAAAGUACAACAGUGGCUAUCAGAAAGGGUAUUAACUAAUCAAGAAACAGGCAAGGUAGAGUUAAUACUGAGGCUAUUUCUACGCUGGUUUGACCGAAGUCUUGAGGAUCUUGUCACGCAGGGGUUAAAACAAGUGAAGUUGGACAUGGAUGCCAAGGCUGCUGGCAUUGAGGCCGUACCGUGGCAGAAACUGGUUGGCUCUCAGUCAACAGACACUGGCGCCAUCUCUCAGAGCCAGGAAGAGGAUGAUGAAAAGCACCUGUCUGAUGGAACAGCACCGUCGGCAGAAGGCGGGGACUGGAGGAGGGAGGGGCAUGUUGCUAUUUUGGCUGGCAACAGAGAUGACAAUAGUAGAACAGAGGACAAGGUGCACAUGGAUUUAGCAGAACAAAAAUCUGGUCGAAGUGAGAAGGAGAAUAUGCGACCUUUAACUAAAGCCGAUACGAUGCCCAAGGGAACCCAAGUCAAGCUGAGCCGUUUUGAAUUGAGCGAGACAGUAGCCACUAUCAUUAUACAGAAGGUUGUGCUGGUGCUGCGGUGCGCGCGCUGCAAGGGCCAGCAGCCGCUGAGCACGCCCGCUCGCAGGAAGAAUGUCAUCACGUGUCAGAAGUGCAGCCAGCAGCUGAUCGCGGUGUUCCGGCCGAGCAUCGUGCACCAGUACUCGCCCGUGCUCGGUCACCUUGACCUAGACAACUGCGUGCCCUUCGACAUGGUGCUAGUUGACUGCGAGUUUCUGCUGUGUUGCCUCGAGUGCUCCAAGCAGAUGACGAUAUCGGGUUUACAUUUUGGUCAAAAUAAAGACACCUGGUGUCACCAUUGCCAUACCAAGAUGACAGUUAUGUUCGAGACAGUGAAAUAUCAGAAACUUCAGCCAGGAGAAAUUACAGGAGAAGGUCCAGUGCACACGGUGGGACCCAAGAAACAGAAGAAGCCAACAGACGUAAUCAUAAAAGAAGGACAACCACUCCCCGAUAAUGGCACAUGUAAACAUUACAAGAAGAGCUUCCGCUGGUUAAGAUUUCCUUGCUGUGGCAAGUGUUACCCAUGCGACGUGUGUCACGAGGAGAAAGAAGAUGGCCACGAGAUGAAGUUUGCAUCCAGAAUGAUUUGCGGAUACUGCUGCAAGGAGCAGGCGUAUUCGCGUGAUAAGCCGUGCGUGGCGUGCAAAGGCGCGGUGACUAAGCACACUGGUAUCUACUGGGAGGGAGGCAAAGGCUGCAGAGACAAGGUCAAGAUGAGCAGAAAUGAUGCCCAAAAGUUUAGUGAUACCAACAAGACCAUCUCCAGAAAACAGCAGGAAUUAAGCAAGAAAAAAUCUGGCAAGAAAUAGAUGGAAGGACAGGACUAACCACUAGAAUGGUCUUUCGGUUUAAGUUCAAAACAGAUAAAUAAGAUAACAAUAGUGUAUGUGUGUAUAAUGGCAGCAACUUGAAGUAACUAACUACUGCAGUGAAGUUAGUGUGUUAAUCACUGUUUUCACUGUGAAUGAUUACACUUUGUACCAGUACUGUAUUUCAUGUGUUUGGAUGUUGGUUUAUAUAUAGUUAAAGAUAGAUUGAUAUACAUAUCAGAAUUUCUAGGGUGCCACGCAAACUUAAUCAGGAAAUGCAAAGUAAAACAGGGAGUGUUCCAAUCACGCUAAACUUUAUUUAAUAUGCUCAAAUGAUCAGAUACAAUGUGUGGGCUGGAAGUGGUUGAUUAAGAAAUUAAGAGGGAUUGACUAUUUGUACAUUAACAUGAGCGAUCAUUAUUGCUACCUUAAAAAUACAUUAAUUAAAUGACUAAACCAUGGAUUAUGGAUACCUAUAAUAGAUAUAUAAUAUAUAAACAAAAAUGCAAUUAAA